UCAAGUAUGUCUGACGGAGAAAAUCGUCCGCUUUUACGCAGUGAUUCCAGCACAAGUUCAAAUUAUCAAAAUGAGGUGACGAAUUUUGGAAAAUUGGUUUAUUAUUCCACGUGAUGUCCCAUGGUGGAGUAUAAAUUUCUCAGUAUUAUAUAAUUUUGUGAAUUCCAUCAUUUUGUGUGGUGCAGGGCUCCCUUACGUUUUCAAGCAAAUGGGGCCUUGUUUUGUCGUGCCUGGGCUGUGUGAUAGGAACAGGAAAUAUCUGGAGAUUUCCAAGGAUAGUUGCCAAUAACAGUGGAGACAAAGGUAGAAAAAUAAGCAAACCAGUUGUGUCCAUUUGCUGUUUGUUUACGUUUUACAAAAUUCCAUUCAAUCCAUUCGUCCAUGGAAUACCAAUAGCCUUAUCGCUUAUUGUCACAACCUUGUAGAUGUUUCUCAUCAAAAACAGUUUUGCUCAGAGGAAUCACGCGAACUCUAUCGUUAAUUAAUAAUCCAUGCCGAGCUCUAGGAAGUUUGGUCAUAUCCAACUACUUUUUUUACUUAAGGGGAUGGUCAGGGUUGGGUCUGGAACUUAGUGGUAAAUUAAUCAGCUGGCCUGGGGAGGUGGUGUUGGGGGGGGGGGAGGGAGGGGUGGCAGGUGUAGAGGAUAAAACCCCUCCCCCCCUCUAGGUUUAAUUAUGUGAUAUCACUAUUAUGUAACAUACCAUGUUGUUUUUGUAGGCGGACUCCACUUUUUGUUGGUGUGGUUAUUAUUUCUUGGUCUGUGGUCAAUACCAGUGAUUCUGAUAGAGUAUUCUGUUGGUCGAUAUACAAGAAGGGCUCCAGUCAAAUCAUUCCGAGCACUACUGGGACCCUGGUCAUUAUGGUGUGGUGGAUGGAUGGUGAUAGUUGUUAGUUGCAUUGCGUAAGUGUGUUUUUUUUUAAUGAGUAAUUUACUGUUUAGUGAUGAUCAAUGUAGCCAUUUUGUUAACUUGAUAUUGGAUCGAUAUUGUGGUGACAACUUGUCUUGGCUGUUGAGUUUUUCAAAUUCCUUUCUCAAGCACAAUUUUCUUCUGAAGGAUUCUUUGUGCGAUCUACAAAUGUUGCAGAAUUUAAUAAAUUCAUCUAUUAGCUUUUGAUGCCACUGUUUGGUUUUUCCAUUGUAUUCAUCAUUCUGUGACGUGAAAAUUUUUGACUAAGCCUUUUGCUUAUGAAGGUGGCCUCUUUACCUUCAAACUCCUCCUAUUUAAAAUUUAAACAUGUGUAUUCCUCUGGUUCAAAUUACUAAUCCCACCCAGGCAUGGUAUUGAUUCCCCACCCCCCUGGGCAUGGACAACAGUCAAAUGCCCAUGGGUUGUGCAGAGGAGGAAGGAAUGUGAAUCUCCAAAUUAAUUGGUGCAAUACAAAGUGAGAGUUCUCUUUGUCAAUUACAAGUGUGAUUUCAGACAGAUUUGAAUGACUUAAAGUCCUGGUACCCUUUAAUCAAAACUUUGACAAAAUUUCGGAAACAAAUUUGCCAUGGGUUAUACAUUUUUAUUAUAAAAACAAACAAAAAAACAGUUAACUUGGUGAAAUGCACAACAAGAGCUGGUACACAUGAACCACACAUGAACCACACAGGCAUGACUUGUACACUAUCCAGUUAAACUCUUCACUUAAAAGCAUGACUUGUACACUGUCCUAUCAGUGCUCAAAUAGGGCUUGUAAUAACCAAUUUGAUGACUUUUGUUAUUUGUUUUGUUGUUAAACAAAGAUGAUCACCUGAUUGUAUUUCAGGUCAUAUUAUGCUGUGGUGGUUGGCUGGUGUUUUUAUUAUGUCUUUCACUCUAUUUCCUAUCACCUGCCUGAAUCAUUGGAAAAAAGCCAGGAUAUUUGGCAUCAUUUACAGGUGAUGUUUGUUAGUAAUUUGUUACUUGGUUUACAGAUGUCAUUAACUUCUUAAAACAGGCACCCAUAUGGUUGGAAAUGCACUUUUAAACACAUUUGAAAAAAAUCUGUUUUAAAUCUUUCUGCUUAUUAGCAGACCACAAUUAGCAGACCACAGAUAAUGUCAAAAUGUGGUAAACACAAAAUGAUGACAUACGAGGCACAGCCAAGUGUGUUGUUAAGUUCUUACAACUUUUUGACAUUUACUGUGAUCUUAAAUACUAAUGCAGACUCAUGGCAACAUGGAAACUAUUUAUUUUAUAUGCUAAAAAGGUAAAUGCAUGUAUUAAUUAGCUUAUGGAAUAAUUACUAAUGUCAAACCCAGAAAACUGUAAUUGUUAGAAAUAUUAAAAAAAAUUAUUUAAAAAUAUUUCUUUUUCUUUUUUCACAGGAUUGCAAGUGGUUACCAGUCCUCCUUCUGUUUUUAAGCCUGUUGUUUGCUGGUGUCUCAAUAACCAGAUCCGUGUCAUCCAUUGAAAGAGUGAACAUUGUCAUCAUGCCACUUCUGUUACUUGUACUGGUGGUAUCAUUCUAUUGGUCACUGACUUUGAAAUAUGCAUCAUUUGGAAUUACUUACCUCUUCACACCAGAUUGGGGUAUGUUGCUAUAUGAUGGCUGCAGUGCAUCUUCUAUAUUGUAUAUUUUUGGCGAAGUCUCUAGUUAGGGUAUGAGCUAGUUUAGGAAUCUGCAGAAUGGAAAGUCUGUUUCACUUGCCACAUGCAUGUAUCACUUCCCAUAGAUACCAGAGCUUUUUGGUUAAAUAUAGCAGCAAACAAUCCUGUUAUUUAUUGGCAAAGGCACAGUGGGCUCAUGGUUAGUGCACUUGACUCUGGAUCGAGUGGUCCGGUUUGGAGCCCUGGCUGGGGUCAUUGUGUUGUGUUCUUAGGCAAGACACUUUACUCUCAAAGUGCUUCUCUUCACCCAGGUGUACAAAUGGGUACCAACAAAUAUGCUGGGGGUAACCCUGCAAUGGAUUAGCAUCCCAUCUAGGGGGAAGUAGCAAUACCCCUAGCUGCUUCAUGCUAAGGAAACUGGAGUUAAGCGCUGUCCCCAUGGGCCAUUUGGGCCUGUAUAAAGGCUUUACUUUUUUUUUUUAUUGACUGAUGGGUCUGUAGUGCUGAUGAUGUAUGUAGUAUUUUGACUUUGUGAUUGGAAGUCCCUGUGCACUACAGAAAGCCUUCAGCUUUGUUGUAAUAAAGCUAAACUUUUAAAAGAAGGCUCUUACCUGAUGAUUAUAAUGAACUCAUCAAAUGGUUUGAAACCUAAAAUUAGUCCUUAGAAACUGAAGUUGUUGUAGUUCUUUUAUUUUUCUCCUGUAGCUGAAUUAGGAACCUUACGUCUUUGGGUGGAUGCAGCCUCUCAGAAUGCUUGGGACACAGGUAAAAAAAUGAUUUCAAAUAAUUUUAUUUCAAUUCAAUUUGUUCAUUUUGAUUUAAUUUCAUUUUUUUUCUCCCAUUUAAUUAUAUUCCACUCCAUUACUUUCCAUCAUUUCACUUCACUUCAAUUUAUUAAUUUUUCUUAUGUCACAGAAAUUUUCCCAUUUCAUUUCCCAUCAUUUCAUUCCCAUUUCAUUUUAUAACUGAUUGAAACACUGCAAUUGCCUUAGUCAGUAUUAGUAGACUAGGAUUUUUGUAUCAUUAUUUAAAGUUCCUAACUGGAGUCGAUGGUACCAUACAAACUCACAUUUUUGUUUCUAAUUUUUUUGUCUAAAAAUCCUUGCCUUUAUUCUCCUAGGUGCUGGUUCAGGGUUAUUUUUAACAUAUGCAACAUACAUGUCCAGACGGAAUAGUGUGGUCAAAUUAGGAAUACUUCUUCCACUUUGUAACAAUUUAGUCAGGUGAGCAUGAGGAAGUACUCUAGAUAAAAUUAUAAUUCUUGGGCCAUAAGUAAUUCCCACCUUAAAUCUCUAUAAUUUUAGUUGAGACAAUUGACCCAGACUAUAAAAAAAAUCCUUAAUUGAUUAAGAGUGAGGUUGAAAUUGCUAAAUUUAACAAAAAGAUCCCAUGUUCAGUAACAGAUCACAGAUGAGAACAGUGCAGUUGUUAAUGUGACUUCAUGUAUGCGUCUGGCCUCCAAUAGAUCAUAAGUACCAACCAAUCAAAAUACGUGUAUAAUUCAGCUUAUUUGUGACUGCAUGGAUCUGGACUUCAUCACAGUCCAAAGUAAGGCAAAACAAACUCACAGAAAUUGGCCAAUAUACAGUUUUUUUAUCCUUACGCCUUGUCGGUAACGUAGAUGUAUGGCAGCUCGCUAUGAGUUCCCUCUAACCCACUGCUGGUAAAGCACUUGCUCUGUUAAUUGGAAGGUUCAAUGAUUUCAACCUUCCUAUCGUAACGAAACUCUUUGUCCCAUUCUCGUUUCUAAUGAAUUAAGAUUUCUUCUUAAAAGUUAUUUCAGAGUUGCGCAAUCAUUUAGAAAAGUGAAAAUUGAUUUAAUUUUCUUCAGCGAUUCCAACAAAAUCUUUUGCGCCAUUUGUAAACGUAGAGAACUUAUAUUAUGCCAUACAUUUAUUUUUUAACUUAUUUGUCACUGCAAUUUUUCUCCUCUUCAGUUUAGUAAGCGCUUUGACACUUUAUUCCACGGUAUUUUCUACAAAGAUGAGAGAGGGAGCUAAUAAAACUGAAAUCGCACGGUUAUUAAGAGAGGACGGCUAUGCUAAUACAGGACUCACCUUUCUUUGGUAAGUUUUAGUUAAUGGAAACACGUGCGUGCAAGCGCGGGCUCAGCGAUGUUUACACGUGCACGUCUUACUGCUAUUCUUAACGCUCCCCUUUUGGUUCAAACAAUCUCGCCUUACCUGUCUAACCAAUCAGAUGUAAAGUUACUACUAAUUACGACAUGGUCACUCACGUUUUCCCGCACUGAAAGGCUUUCCGAUUGACUCAGUAUCGAAAAACAAAAACCAAAGAAAUCACAACGGCCAAUCAUGACAAAGGUUUACAUCAUCAUUAUUAGCCAAUGAGCGCUCAAAGUAAAAACAGGAAUACCACCAUAAGCGCGGGAAAAACGCGGGCGACCACGUCGGGAUUGUUUUUCGUUUUGCAUAUGAUUGGUAAAAAGUAUGGUGCGAAUUUUGAGGAUCAACCACUGACCGAAUUGAUACAACCCCCAAAAAAAUCUCUGACUACUUUCAACAUUCUAUUGAAAAUUACUCCAAGGCCAUCAAAUGAGUUUUUAUUAACUUAAGUUUGUAGAGGAUACCACUGUGAAAUCGAAUAUGGCUAGUAUUGAAAUCUUCUCAGGGGAUUCAGAUUUUUGUUUGUCUUGUCCUCGAGGAAAAUGUGCAACGUUUUUUUUCUAAAUUUUUUUACAUUCCUUUCUUUUGUCAGGAUGCCAGUUCUUUACGAGCAGCUUGGAACUUCAGGGCGGGUCCUAUCAUCGCUGUUUUUUCUUUGCUUAUCUCUUGGUGGCAUCACUUCACUUUUAGCAAUGAUAGAACUGCCAGUUCGUACGCUUCAAGAGAUGCAAGGUACGAAUAGCUAUUCAUUAAUAUGUUCCUUUGUUUAUUCAUUUAUUCACUUAUUUAUUAAACUUAAUUUAUUUUUUAAUGCUCUCAAUCAAAUCUCGUAACAUCAAAAAUUAUGGUUACUAUAACGACCAAUCAAAACAAGAGAAUAUGUUACCAGGAGCCAAUGAGAUCUCGUCCUCAAGCGUGGGAAAAUGCAACUACAACGACUCACGAUUAGUUUGAGUUUGGCGUGUGAUUGGUUAAAAAGGUGGACCAAUCAGUGAGAACACUUUAGCAAAAGCAAUUAAAUGGAUGAUUAUUUUUAAUUAUAAUUGUCUGUUUAUCCUGUUCCCUUUUUCACAGUUCCUCGAAAAUAUGGUCUCCCCGUUGUUUUAACGCUGUUGUUUUGUUGUGGCUUACCAUCAGCACUGCAUUUGGAAUUCCUUGUCAGUCAGGUUAGGGGCUUGUUUUGUUUUUGUUUUUUUUUAAGCUCUUUGAUUGGUACAGAAAACUCGUGCCACUCUCUCAGCCAAUCAGACACAAAACCAAACGUAAGACCAAUUGUAACCAGGUCACCCUCGUUUUCCCGCACGUCAGCUGCAAAAAGGUGAGUAUCAAAAUAGAAAGAAAAAGAUAAAUGAAUAUAUGAAUAAAUGGAUGAAAGGAUGAAUGGAUGAAUGGAUGGAUGGAAUGAAUGGGAAAUGGAGGAAUGAAUGAGUGAAAAAAGUCAAAUAUAAGUAAGCUCGUUAGUUGCUCUAACGAUUAAUUGUUAACAUUUCUCUUUGUUUCUUAAUUAUUUUUCGAGAGCUUAAAGAGAAAGCGAAAUGUGAUUUAGGCUAUUUCAUUAUCUUUUUAUUGCAGGGUUUUGUUUGGGCGUUCGGUCAAGUCCUCGCUGGUGCUGUUACAAUAUCAUUACCAAUACUUUAUGGCGUGUCCAAAUUUAGGGAGGAUCUAGUCAAUCAGGUGUGUUCUCAUGGAGCAUCGAGUUUUUCGAUUUUAUCACCUUUGGCAUUUAAUGUGAUAAAAAGGUUUCAUUUGCUUUCCAACUUAGUGGCUUAGUCAGCGGGAAAUCUCGUACCCAGAUCCUACCGUGUGACUGAAACAACCGCUUGGCCGUGGAAGGUUUGGGUACAAGAUUAAUCAGCGGGGGCACUCAUCCCGGUUUGCAUAGCCCCUGAUGCUCCAGUUACCCCUUACUAUUUCGUCAUGUUUCCCUGGCAACAGGUUUUUACCUAUUUAUACUCCUGGGAGGGGAGAGGCACUAUGAGAGUAGAGAAGUGUCUUGGCUAGGCACACAAUACAAUGACACGCUUGGGCUCGAACCCAGACCUCUCGACCCGGAGUCCAGCGCCAACUUCAAGGCCUGUCCGUUUCCCGGAUGUUUUAACUCGAGUAAUUUUGUCUCAUGUCUUCUUUAGUUUGGACUUGACGACUGGAGACUUCCCAGGAUUUGGGAUUUUAUUGUAAAGUAUGUCACAUUUUUGUUUUGUUUUUUUUUUGGCUUUGAAAUGUGUGCGCAAAAAAGGGAAAUAAAAGAAUUUUAAUGCAGUAAUUAGUUCGUUUUUGGUUUAUUAUCUCAGGUUUCUUGAUCCCGUGAUAGCACUUGCGUUGUUAGCGUCAUUUGUGGUUUACACUGUCGAGCAUGAAGACUCGGCUUGGUACAAGUUCGGAAGAGAAUCGCUGAUGCUGUGUUUUGUCGAGGUAAGUGAAGAACCUUGAAGAAAUGAAUAAGAAAAGAACAAUACGCAGGGUUUUUCUAUGUUCAGUCUUGGGAAGUUUGUGUUCAAGGUGAUUAUGAAACUAUAUAAUAAUCACGAUGAAAAUUUUGCAUUUGAACACCUAAUCCCUUGGAAGGGGGUUGGGGAAGGAGAGAGGGAGGAGGGGGUAGGGAGCAACGUUUCUGGUUGUGGAUAUUUGCCGCCUAACAGUGUGGUUUCGGUGUCUUGUACCUGAACUUGGUGUGGAAUUUGAAUAGCAAGUGUCACAAGCAAGGGUGGCUUUCCUUAAUUCUAGUUAACAUGUAGAUUAUGGGUUCGAGAUUUCUAUCGCAUGUAGGAAGUCGACAGAGGAAAUAAUAAAUAAUAAAUUCUAUUCUAUUCGUGGGUCUGUACAGCAAUAGAAUACGGAAGAGGCCAAAAUGUGGUAGGAACAUUAGUGCCACGUUUUUUUUUCUUACCACAUUCCGACGUCAUCUGUGAUCUGCUACUAAACAGACGUAAGGUAAUAUGAAAUCUAUUUGUUGAAUGGAAAGCGAUUAUAUCAACCAAUCAGAUUGCAGCAGUUGUGACUAGCACUUGUUUUUCUUUCUCUGUAUAUUUCAGUGGCUUGGUGUGCUGUUGCUAUUGUUGCUGGCAAAUUGUUUCUGGAUCUUUCGUCGUCGUUCUCGCAGAAGAAUUCGUAGAGUAUCCAGCAUACGGGACUCUUGAGUACAAUAAUAAUUAGUUUAUCGCUUAUUUUAAAUAUUUGUUUUCGAUUUUGAUUCUUACAAAUAAGUUAUUUAGAUACCAUUUUAGUUAACCUCCGUUUUAGUUCAAAUAGGAGCAUUUUCGAGUUUUAGUUGAUUUGCCUUCGUUACGCAAAAUGAUUGGUCAACAGCAUUCGCGCAAAAUCAUCAACCAAUUAGAUGGAGAACUAAAAUCAUUUGUGACUUGGUCACCCGCGUUUUCCCGCGCGUUGUAAUUUACCUUUGUUUCUUUAGGUCCUUGCGAUUUCAUUGGUUUGACUUUGCUACGCUUUGUGAUUGGUCAAAAGUGUUUGUUCCAAAUUCUCAACCAAUCAGAUGCAAGACUGAAAUCAAUCGCGACUUGGUCACCCACUUUUUCCUUUACCUAGUGAUUUCCCUUUAUUCUUAUUGGUCUUUACGAUUUCCUUGGUUUGACUUUGCUACGCUUUGUGAUUGGUCAAAAGUGUUUGUUCCAAAUUCUCAACCAAUCCGAUGCAAAACUGAAAUCAAUCGUGACUUGGUCAUCCGCGUUUUCCCGUACCUGGUGAUUUCCCUUUAUUCUUAUUGGUCCUAACGAUUUCCUUGGCUUAGUUAAACUACUCUUAAAUAAAAACCUUCCUUAAGCUUAAAAACACUUUACUUUGAUGUUAUGAGCAUGUAUCGAUGGCUGGCAUUAUGUUUAUUAAGUGUGUGUUCAAGUUUAAACAAUUUAAAAUCUUUCAACAUUUUCUCUCAACCGCAUCAAUAAAAC